AUGGCGCCGGACGUUGUGGAGACGAAAGCGGCGGAGUCCAGUGCUUCCUUUUCCAUGGACCGGAUCCGGCUCGAGGCUAUUGAGAGCCGACGUCAGGAAUGCACCAAAGCAAUCAAUGACAGGAAAAGGAAAUUGGCCGAACUCUACUGCGUCUCACGACUGCCGCUUCUGCCUAUAUCCAAUGACCAGGUCUUACAGAUCGAGGACAAGCUGAUGGCUUUUUUAGAAAAAAACGAUCUGGAAAACGGACAUGAGUUCAAUAUCGCCAUAUUAUCUCAUGAGAAUCAGCAGAGACGACUCUCGCCGCCCCAGAAUCAAAUUUCAUCAGAGACAUCAGAGAUCAUGGAGCCUGCUACAAAGCGGCAGAAAGUGGACGCUCAGGCUAGCCAGCCGGAGGCGGCGGUUUCGGCAGAAGCGCAAAAGAAGAUGCAGGGAACGGCAAUGGUCGCUAGAAAACCACAGCCAGACCCGUCUCUUCAGGAAGGCUCGCUUUCGUCUUUGAUCCACUCCUACGAACAGGUCCAACCGCCUAGACGCAGUGACGAGAAGUCCAAACGCGAUCUGGAUUACAAGCAUCUCGACUUGGAUCAGCUGAUGAUCAUGUUAAUGCCAGAACUCAAGCCCCACAAAGUACCAGAGGCACGCUCUUUGACGGAAUUGUAUUACCACCAGCAGACGUUACAACUACCCAAGCUGUUACUCAGGGCUCAUAAAUCCCUUACCACCGACUCUUAUGAGACUGCACUGGUAGAGGGGAAGAUAUCUGUGUUGUAUUCUCGAAUGGAGGAAUUGAAACGCAAGCACAGUUGGUCGCUGAGACAGCCGAAGAAGUUUAUAGAUCCUUUUCUGGCUACGGGAAAGAAAACGCAUUGGGAUCAUCUGUUAUCUGAGAUGAAGUGGCUGGCUACUGACUUCAAGCAGGAGAGAAGGUUUAAAAUGGCUCAAUGCCAUUACAUUGCUUGUGCAGUCAAGGAGUACUGGAAAUACGGAAAGGUGUGUUGUGUGCGAAGAAAACAAGCUCGACUUUUAAGCGAUAAAGAAAUCGAAGAACGGACAGUGCCAAAAGAAAAGGACCCGCCAAACAGUUCUGAGACUGCUGAAGUCCCAGAUACUGAAAAGCCAGCGGGAUCUCCUCAAGAUUCAGAGAGCAAAGUGGAUGAUGGAGCGAGCGCGCAACUGGAGUCGAUCACUGUGAAACCAGAGUCGGAAGAGAUUGCAAAGACAGAGGCCUCCGAGGAUAAUGCAGAAACGACCAAGGACCCUAUUUCCCACGCUAGCAUUGAGCCUGGUAAGAACACAGAAGCUUCAUCAGAAGAGCAGCCUUCAAUUGACCCGUCUCUUCUGCUCACCUUCAAUGAUACCAACUACUCUAGUGAGGAAUAUGAUCAAGUGAAAAGACAUAGGGAUGACAUUCAACCAUUCAAGAUGUAUGCAGAUUUAGACCAGUUUAACAAAACAGAGACGACUGUCAUUAACAGUUUGUCUACUUACGCUCCAUUCAAAGAAACCGAGAAGGAUCAUCUUAUUGAAAGGUACGAAUACGGUCACAUUUCGUCGAUGCUGCCUCCUGCUGAUGAAGAGCCUGAUUGGGAAAAAAUAGUGCUCAAGAAGAAGAAGGAGACAGAGAAACACAGUGUUCCUUACCAGAAGGGUCUGUUCUCUCCAGCGUACAGGCGUUUCAACAUUCUAAAGCCUCCUUCUCCUCCUUCCAUCAAAAAUUUGGAACUUCGCAUCCCAACUAUUUGGCUUCCACAGGACGACAAGUAUCUCAUAAGGUAUGUGACAGAUUUUUCAUUCAAUUGGAACAUUAUCUCUGCUCAUUUGUCCGCGAAACCCACAAGGAGUUAUACGUCGAACAUCGAGCGGCGUACACCAUGGCAGUGUUUCGAGAGAUACAUCCAAUUGAACGACAAAUUCCAAUUUUCCGAUAUGAGGGGCCUGUAUCCAAUGGCUGCCAAAGAAUGGCUGGAGGCAGCACACAAGGUCCAGAUUUCCACGAAAAGACGGAUCUCGCCUCUUGGAGUUGGUAUUGAGUCUAUUCAAAGGGGACAUAGGCGGCUCAGAUGGGGUUCUAUGUUCGAUGCCAUGCGGAAGCUGAUGAAGAAGCGUGAAAACGUUCAAAAACCUCCUCAGCAGCAAAGAAAGAAUAACGUUGAGGAGAAGAGAACCGAUACGCCAACCCCCGAACAGCUGUCGAAGCUCAAGUUCGAACGUGAUCGGGCAAUACAAGAAGCUUAUGCACAGGGCAGUGGCAAUGGAAAUUUCACCAGACUGCGCGUUCCGCCGAACGCUCGUCAACUGGCUGCAGGAGCGGGUAAGUCCCCGUUCUCUACCGACGGCCAAGCCAACGCCGGACCAUCGGCUGUUGCGCAGGCGGCAAUGAACGGUAGACGGCAGCUAUCCAACAAAAUGGCUCCUCAGGCAAGUGUUUCUCCCGAAGCACAGCAGGCUCAAAUGCGUGCCAACAGUCCACAAAUAUACCAGCAGCAGGCGAAUCAGGGUGGCAUGCCAUUGCCGACGGGUCCUGGUGCAGCGCCUCUGCCUGAGCAGGUUCAGCAGCUGAUGAUUCAACGUCAACGGCAGAUGAUGCAACAGCAACAGAACAACAACUCCAGACAACCAAGCAGACCUCCUUCUUCGUCCAUGAGCUCGCCUGUGUCGACGCCAACUCCUCAGCAGGUUUUGCAGACGGCAGGAAAUUCGGGAUCUUCUCCUCAAGCAUUUUCGCAGGUGCAGUUGCAGCCGGGCCAGUCUCCGGAGCAGUUGCCGCAAAUGAACAUCGCACCGCCACAGGGGUUUUCUGUGCAGCCUAUGGGCAGCAACGCCUCGUCCCCACAGGACAUGCAUGCCAACGCGCAGCUAUCCCAGCAGCCGCGUCCUGUGUCGCGAGUGAACUUCACCACGUCGCAAGUGUCUGCCAUCAUAAACCAGAUCCAGACACAGAACCCAAACCUGCCCAAAGAACAGGUCACUCGUUUGGCGGUCGCUUACCUAGCCAACUACCAGCAGAAUCAGAACAGAGCCGCAGAUCAGACAGCACAGCAGCCCGGCAAGCAGCCCCUGGCUCCUUCCAAUGGAGGUGCAAUUGCUGGACAAUUGAACACUCCGACAAAGCAAGGCCAGCCGUCUCAGGGGACGCCUCCAGCGCAAGCUGGCCAGCCAUUGACUCCGCAGCAGCUUGCCAUGUUUGCCAACAACCCCAAUCUGACCCCACAGCAGCGCAAGCAAAUUCAGGUUUUGCGGCAGCACCAGUUGCAACAGCAACAGAGAAGACAGCAGCACGUGCAGCCGCCUGGAGAUCCUCAGACUCCUGUGCCGGCAACUCCGCAGCCCGCGCAGUCUGCCCCGUCGAAUGCGAAGAAAAUGAACUCGUCGGCGAUUACAACACGGUUUUCGCCCCAACCGGGAACCAACGUAGUCCCGGUUGUGAACCAGCAGUCGCCGUCAGUGCCGUCAUCGGCAAAUAACAGUUUUGUGUCUUCACCGACAAUGAAAAACAUGAGAUGA